CCGCUUCCCGCUCGCGCGCUUUCGGUUUUCAGUCAGGUCCGCUGCUCUUGUAUAUCUGGGGUAAAAGCAGCCCUUUCUGUCUCAAAGGUUUUCUGAUCAGCUUAGUCAUGUCUGGAAGAGGCAAGGGCGGCAAAGGCUUAGGCAAGGGUGGCGCCAAGCGUCAUCGCAAAGUCCUGAGAGAUAACAUCCAAGGCAUCACCAAGCCCGCCAUUCGGCGCCUUGCUCGGCGUGGGGGAGUGAAACGCAUUUCCGGCCUCAUUUACGAGGAGACCCGAGGCGUGUUGAAGGUGUUUCUGGAGAACGUUAUUCGGGACGCUGUCACCUACACGGAGCACGCCAAGCGCAAGACGGUCACUGCCAUGGACGUGGUCUACGCGCUAAAGCGGCAGGGACGCACGCUCUACGGCUUCGGAGGUUGAGCUGCUGCCCCUGUGCUGUGUGACGGUCUCAAAGGCCCUUUUUAGGGCCAACCACACGGU